AUGACAAAACGACGAACAGAUCCAAAGAUUGUCGAGGAGAAGAAGGAAGAAAGUUGUGACAAUAAUAUGCAGUACGCUCCACUCGUCACAGAAGAGAAAAAGCAGCAGCAGCAGCAGCAGCAGCAGAAAAAUGCAACUACCAAGUCUUCUGUCCCAGCCAAAAGUAUAGAAGAAUCAUCUUCCGCUCAACCGACGCGAAGCGUCUUUGUCCGCAUAUUCCUUCUUUUAGUUCGUUUGGCGUUACUGGCAUUGUUUGUCCCCUAUCUGGCAGCCGUUGGUCUGCACGAAAUCACCGAAGAUUACCUCUAUCCACAAUUGAAUCUCAUGCGAUGGAAAGCGGAUGGACGAGACUAUGACGAAUUGACGUACUAUCAUCGCAAAUGCGAUGCAAGCGAUAUUUCGGCCAAUUCCGUAAAAGAAUUGCUGAUUUCGCCCAACAUGACAACGGAAGAAGCUACUCAGCACAUGUUGAAACAUGGAGCAUCCAUGUAUCCCAACUUGUUGACUCCGGAAACGGCAGCUUCCCUGAGAGAAUUUAUUGACAAGGAAAAUCGACGACAACAGGGCUGGCAUGUCAUUCAAAAUGAAAAUCGAUAUUCGUGGGGAAUUGAUAUGAAUAUGCACCCAGCCUUUCCUACGUAUUGGAAAGAGCUAGCAUCGAAUCGACAACUGGUCAAAGCAUUGGAAUCGAUUGUAGGACCGGAUCCAGCCAUUAUUGAAUUCACUGCCAUCACUUCGUCGUAUGGAGCAGUAGACCAGCACGACCAUCAAGAUGUGGUUCCGCCGGGAAGUGGUGCCAAGUUUGCAAGGUCGUUCAUUCCGUCGUAUUCUCUGUUCAUUCCUUUGCAAGAUACAACCUACGACAUGGGAGCCACUCACGUAUGUCCAGGUACACACCUGUGCAGUGAAGGAUGCGAGGAAAGCUGCCCCCCAAACAACUUGGCAAUGUCCGGAAGACACGGUGUGUGGAAGACGGGGUGGGGUGCUUUGGUGAAUCAGCAAACGACGCACAAGGGAAUGGGACACUUUUGUGAGGGAUGCCCUGACCGAAUUGUGCUCAUUGCCACCUUUGCGCCCCGACCACAAACCAAACGAAAACUGGAGACCCGAAUGAUUGGCCAAGGUGGGAGUUACUCGCUCAAAUGGAAUCAUUGGGGCAACACCUUUUCGGAUUUCGUGCAUGCCGACUCGAGAAUGACGGAAGUACAAAAGUAUCUGCGAAGUAUGGGGAUUCUAAAGGGCAACGGUUGGAAUUUUGUGGCGCAAGCAUCGAUGCGAAUUAGUAACUUUGAAUACGGAUAUAGUGACGCGGAGGAUUUCAUUGAAGACGGCGGGUUUUCGUUCCUUCCAAAAUCCUGGCAAGCACUAGACGAAGAGCAAGAGGACAGCGAAGAUAAUUUGUGGUACACAUUCAUGUGGGAGACUUUGCAAAAAGUGGAAGACAAGUUGGAGGGGUUCAAUAAAAAGGCUGUGGGUGGCUUUCUUGCAUUUUCGUUGGGUCUGGAUCUGCUGCAGCCAAAGGUAGGGAAGCAAAGAUCUUUUCUUUUUGGAGGCAUCAAGAGUCUCAUUGUGUCACACGGAGUGGCAUGUUUGACAUUUUGGUUGGCAAUGCAAGUAGUCCGCGACAGUAAUUGGGCAAAGGAUAUCGCGAGCGGGAAAGCUUCCCGACUCGAAAGUCCCGAGAAUAACGCUGACUUUUUGGCCAUGACCAUCCCAACCAAAGACGAUAUUUUGAUAACAAAGCUGUAUGAAACCGAUAUGCUUGCACGCUACUCGGAGAUCUUGGAUGUUGCUCAUCCAGGAAAUCGAGCAUGGAAGAAUUUGGUCCAAGAAAUGUCGGCUGGGUACCCAAGCCUUUCCGAAUCGUUGCAGCAAAAUCUUUGCCGGUCAAUGGUGCAAUGGAUGCAAACCAAUCGAAGAUUCUUGGAACCGAAUGUGUACCGACAGUGGGAACGAAUUACGGAGGAAUCGAGUCUCGUUAGUACUUGCCACAGACAGGUUAUCUCCGAUUCCGACGAAUUGACACGAGUCAUGCUUCGGCAAGUCGAUAUUCUCAAGGAUGAUGCUAAAAAUGGACGAUUUAGAGACAUGGCAAUUCACACGAAGUUCACGCCCCAAUAUCUUGAUACUUGGGAAGCUAGAUUCCUUCCAACAUCAAAGUUAAUCAAGAAGCAAAUUUCAAAUUCAAGCCAUUCUCCAUUGCAGCUGGCCCAGAGAAUCUCCACAGAAGCACCAUCCACAGUACAGCGAUCACGCACAAAGAGAACGCCACUUCCACCAACAGAGAAACCUCGAGAACCCUUCUCGGGAGCUUGGUUGGAAGUUGGCGAAGUUGUAGAAGCAAAAUAUAGAUGCAAGGGCAAAGACUGGUACCAAGGAACAAUUAUUGAUGCCGUUUCCAAUGAAGGAACCUAUUGGAUCCAAUAUGCUGAUGGAGAUGUCGAUGAAGGCCUGGAUUCUUCUUGCAUCCGUCGCCCAAUACCAUACGAGAUUGGUGAGGAGGUGGGAUUUCGUACCGAAGCCGGUGUAAAAUGGACCACUGGAACUAUUGUCGAAAUGAUGAACGAGGACUCGGUGAGAGUUAAGGAGUCUUCAUCGGGAAUCAUGUUUGAUGAUGUCUCCCCGUCUCUUCUACGGCGACUAACCCGCAUGAAGGAGAAUCUUGAAGGGCGUCGAGUGAUUGCUCGAUACGGAGAAGGUGAUGAGUACUAUCCCGGCGUCAUUGACGAGGAUCAUGGAGAUGGGAGGUACGAUAUUCAGUAUGAUGACGGAGAUUUCGAAGAGGGUGUGACCAUGGAAAAUAUAAAAUUGCAAUAA